AGCCUUUCUCGUUUCGACAAGGGGCGUUUGAAGACAGCAGCUUCGCAGGGUUUUAUUACUCUCUCCGAACAAAGAAGACCUUGAUCAGUUUCGUUCGGCCCUGUGAUACGCUCGGGAAAUUCAGAGAAGUUCUGUGGAUUGCUCACGGUCCAGACAAGACGGCAGCAAAGGGACGAGUGACCUCUAGUGGGACAAGAGAUGAUUGCGAUACCUCGGAAGUCCUGAUGCACAGCGUUAAGGCGACGUGUUGCGUGAGGUAACGACGGUUGGGGCCACGCAUGCGCAGAGGCGACGACUCUUCACGAGCUCAGUGAUGUGCUGAACGCGGGGGCGGUGUUUGAUGGUGACUGCGUGGCGUACUAGGGCGGAGCGGCGUAAACUUGGUUCGGUCGCCUUGUGAAGUGUUUAUUAUUAUUGCUCUGUAUCUGAUGACAGGACAGACCGAACUGUCGAUAAACGACGUGGCUUUCGUGCACGGCGGAAACUCACUCGAGCUUUACUGCUGAUUUCUCUGGCACGCACUGAAAGAACAUUGUUGUGAUGGAAGACUUUCUCAGUCUGGACUUUGACACGUCUGACUGCUCUUGGAAGCUGUGGGACGGCAUCGAACAAGAACCGUGUUAUUUUGAUGGCCUCCUGGAGCUGGACAUUGUGUCUGAGCUCGGCCUGUGUACUUCCUCGUCGGACGACACCUCUCUGGGUCUGUCUCCUCUGCUUGAAGAGCCACCUGUCCUGACGAAUGACUGCUGCCAGCAGCACCUGCAGGUGACGUUGCCCGAAAGCGAGGCAGACGCAAGCCCCGACGCGUGUGACGUGACCACGGUAGCCUCGCCGCUGAACGUCUACGACGCCACUACCGCGCUUCCCAAGGCUAGAAGCCAAGCCAAAGCCACGUCCCGGAACGCUGCCCGGGAACGUAGCCGGGUGAGGAGUCUUCGCAGUGCUUUCCAGGCACUGCAGAGUUCGCUGCCGUCUGUGCCUCCGGACACCAAGCUCUCCAAGCUGGACAUCUUGGUCCUAGCGUCCAACUACAUCGCGCACCUGGGGGCGUUGCUCUCUGACGAGGAACAGCAACAGAGCGAUGACAGUUCCGCGGAUGACUCCACGGGCAGAGAACUCGAAUCGGCCAGCAGCCGGAGCUACCUCCAUCCCGUCAAGAAGUGGCCUAUGCGUUCCCGUCUCUACGCCGGUGCCAAGCCAUACGCAGACGAGAGAACCAGAAGGCACGUCAGCGACCUGUUCCAGACGAAGAAGUCUGCAAAGAACGUCUGGAGGCGCCAGGACUCAAGGACGUAGGCGACCUACGACGAAGAGUGCAUGCGCCAAGUGCUGCUGCUACUGAAAUCACGAUGGCAGCUACGCUUGAUGUGUUCGGACUCUGUGCAGACUAGAAACACGUUUGGGGACUGUAAUCGUGACGUUGUGCGAUUGAAGGAAGAAGUCGCUUCGCGGUAAUAACGCGUAAAUGAUAUUCAGCCCCCGAUACAUUCUUUUUUCUAUGAGUGAUGGAUCAGCUCUGUUGUCGUGUCUUCCUGGGCGAGCGCUACGUAUGGUCCGGACCGAUUUGGGAAACGGCUACGGACUUAUUCGCACUUAUGGUUUUAUAUGUGAGUUUUGCAUGCCAUAUGGCCUUAAUAGGCGUGACAGGGAACGUCUACACUGGGUUCGUUUAAGCACGACAAUCACUAUGCAUUUCCUAUUUAUAAUCAAACAGGCAAGGCCACCAAUGUGCCUUGCGUGCAAAGUGCUGGGAAACGUAGCCCCCCUAUCCUGCGCUUGCAAGCUAUAUACACGACAAAGAAUGGCAUUAAUGCCCGUACUCAACAUUCACCAAAUGCCGUCCUUUGAAUCAGGACACGUCCUUGGCCCGAGGACUAGCGCUGCCUGUGCAUCUUGCGUGACGAAAGAACUUUGGUGUUUCCUUAGAGAGACUGGUGUCAAUGAGAAAAUUUAGUUAGGUGUUAAGUGCUGCGUUUCGUGUAAGUUGUGCAUCCGCAUUGUGCACUGUGCACUUAAUUUCAUUCUUUGUCCUAUUUAUCUAGAGCAGCAUGCUAGGCAUGUCGCAUGGAAAACCCAUCCAUGAUCCAUUAAAGAGCGUCCUCUCUCUCUCUA